AAGUCUCAGACGUGCGUGGAACGCGCUGCGGUUCGGACGUGUUUUGUGGUUGUCACUAGCCAAUACUGGGCUAAAAACAAAAGAAAACCAAACGAAAAAAGGAAUUUUCAACUUGAGUUUGAAGCCUUUAAAGUGCCGCACCACAUCCUUAGCAGGAGACACAAAUUGAAAAUUGGAAUUUUGAGUCGCCGUCGCAGCAGUUUUCGCAGUCUUGAAGCCAAGCUAUAUAGAGUUAAACCAGUUCUAAAUGCCAAUUAUCGCGAGUGGAUAAUCUAAUUAACAAAAUGGGUCUUGAAUUCUUCUUCAAAUUUGGCUAUGCCUUCCUUACCAUAACGCUGAUCAUCAUGAUCUGGAUGUCCUUGGCGCGUGCCUCGAUGUUCAGUCGCGAAACGGAAGAAACUCGUUAUCCGCCGUGUACUUACAAUGUGAUGUGUACGUGUUCCCAAUCCUCGACAGAUCUGGGCAUUGUGCACUGCAAGAAUGUGCCGUUUCCCGCAUUGCCACGCAUGGUGAACCAAUCGAAGGUUUUCAUGUUACACAUGGAGAAUACGGGAUUGCGAGAAAUCGAGCCAUAUUUCCUGCAAUCGACAGGCAUGUAUCGCCUGAAGAUAUCGGGCAAUCAUUUGACUGAGAUACCCGAUGAUGCGUUCACUGGCCUGGAGCGUUCGCUGUGGGAAUUGAUAUUGCCACAAAACGAUUUGGUCGAGAUUCCUUCGAAAUCACUGCGACAUCUGCAGAAGCUGCGUAUUCUGGAUUUAUCGGAUAAUCAUAUAACGGCCAUACACCAUGAUUCGUUUCGUGGCCUAGAGGAAUCGUUGCAGAGUUUGAUACUAGGCGAGAAUUGCAUUUCCAUGCUGCAGUCGCACAGUUUUUCGGGUCUGCUCAAUCUCGAGACGCUGGAUUUGAGUGGGAAUAGUCUGUUUGAGAUAGAUCCCAAUGUGUUUAUUGAUGGGAUGCCGCGUUUGACGCGGCUGUUGCUUACGGAUAACAUUCUCUCGGAGAUUCCCUACGAUGCACUGGGUCCGCUAAAAAGUCUGCGUACGCUGGACAUUUCCCACAAUGUCAUCUGGUCUUUGAGUGGUAAUGAAACGUAUGAUAUUAAGGCCAACACCAAACUGAAUCUGGACAAUCUGCACUUGGAGUACAAUCACAUUGAAGUGCUGCCACCGAAUUCGUUCAAAUAUUUUGAUACCGUCAAUCGCACCUUCUUCGAUGGCAAUCCGAUACACACACUGCGAGAUGAUGCAUUUAAACCUGCUCGCAUACGCGAGAUCUAUAUGCGUUAUUGUGGACUGACGAAUAUUUCGCCGGUGGCCUUUGAUAGUUUGGUGAAUAGUCUGCAGAUUUUGGAUCUGUCGGGCAACAAUCUAACCAAGUUACACCACAAGCUGUUCAAUAAUUUCGAUGUCUUGAGGGUCAUCAGCAUGCGUGACAAUAAGAUCAAAAUCCCGAAGCCCACAGAAACCUUUAAUGCCAUGCAUUACACGUUGCUUAAACUGGAUCUGAGUGGCGAUCGCAAUGAUCCAACCAAUCUGCAAACGUUGCGCAAAAUGCGGAACAUGCGAUCGCUGUCCAUCUCACGCAUGGGUUCCUCCUCGGUGGGUCCUGAGGACUUCAAGGACUUUGGUGUCGAACUGGAGGAUCUGCAGAUAACGCGAGCGAGUCUCUCGGGCAUACAAUCGCAUGCUUUCAAGCAUGUACGAGGAUUAAAGCGUCUGGACUUUAGUGAGAAUGGCAUUUCUAGCAUUGAGAAUGAUGCGUUCCAUGAAAUUGGACACUCGCUGAUCUCGUUGAAGAUGUCGCAUGGCUACUCUGGCAGUGCUUUGCCUGCAGAGGCAUUGAGACAUCUUACUUCGCUGCAGGAGCUGGACUUUAGCAAUAAUCACAUUAGCAGCAUGAGCGAUACGAGUUUUCAUUUCCUGAAGAAUCUGCGAUUGCUGGAGCUGCACGACAAUCGCAUUGAGCAGGUGCUGAAGGGCACUUUCCAAGGCGAUAUACACUCUAAGCUGGAGGAGAUUUCGUUGCGUUUCAAUCAUUUGACAUCGAUAUCGCAACACACUUUCUUUGACUUGGAAGCGUUGCGCAAACUACAGUUGGAUGACAAUAAAAUCGACAAGGUCGAGCGUCGUGCAUUUAUGAAUUUGGAUGAAUUGGAGUAUCUAAGUUUGCGUGGCAAUAAACUAAACAAUCUGGCUGAGGAAUCUUUCCAAAAUCUGCCCAAACUCGAGAUUUUGGAUAUGGCUUUCAAUCAGCUGCCAAACUUUAAUUUCGAUUACUUUGAUCAAGUUGGAACGUUGUCCAAUUUAAAGGUGAAUGUUAGCCACAAUCAGAUCCGGCAGCUGAUGUACAAUUCAUCAUGGAGUGGACGCAAUGAGCAUGGCGGCAUGUAUCACUCGAAUAUCAAGAUCUUGGAUCUGUCCCACAAUAACAUCUCCAUUAUCUAUCCUGGCUAUUUCCGGCCUGCUGAGAUUUCGUUGACCCACUUGCAUUUGGGUUAUAAUUCGCUCAUGAACACCACUCGAGAUGUGUUUGGCAACAUGCCGCAUUUGCAGUGGCUUGAUCUAAGCUACAAUUGGAUACAUGAACUGGACUUUGAUGCCUUCAAAAAUACCAAACAACUGCAGUUGGUCUUCUUCGAUCAUAAUUACUUGACCGACAUUCCACAGGAUAUCUUUAAGCCAGUGCAAGGAUUGCGCAUUGUGGACUUUUCGCACAACAAACUGCGCGGUUUGCCCGAUAAUCUCUUCUACAAUGGCGGCAUGGAGAAAUUGGAUGUCUCGCACAAUAUGCUACUGAAGAUACCAUCCUCUUCGCUCUCCAGUUUGGCUGCCUUGACGCUCUGCGAACUGCAUUUGUCCAAUAAUUUCAUUUCCACUAUACACAGCAUGGAUCUGUCGAACAAGUUCAGAUCCCUUCGUUAUCUAGACAUCUCGUAUAACUAUUUGCUGCGAAUCGAUGAUGCUGUCUUUGCCACAAUGCCCAAAUUGGCAGUUCUCGAUCUCUCCCACAAUCGUGAUCUUAAAGUUAUGGAUAAAUCGUUUAUGGGACUGGAAACUUCACUAAUUAAGCUCGGCUUGGAGAAUGUUUCACUCAGCACAGUGCCUGAGAUACGUUUGAAGUAUCUGCGAGAGUUCCGUCUGGGCUACAAUGAACUGCCUUCCAUUCCCCAGGAGCUGGCGCAUAACAUGAGCAAUCUGCGCAUGCUGGAUCUCUCGAACAAUGACUUGACCAAUGUUCCUCUAAUGACGCAAUCGCUCCCACAUUUGCGCCGUCUAAUGCUCUCAGGAAACCCGAUUACCUCGCUCAACAACAACAGUUUUGAUGGCGUCAACGAGGAUCUCGAAAUGCUGGACAUCUCCAACUUCCGUUUGCAUUAUUUCGAGUAUGGUUGCCUCGAUUCACUGCCCCACUUGCGUUCCCUCAAGCUUACUGCCUAUUCGCACCUAGAGCACUUUAAUAUUCCUCAUUUGCUGCGCCAUCAUCACAAUAUCAGAGAGCUGUGGAUUGAGGCACCGCAGCCUUUUACACGCAUUGUCAAAAAGGGUUCGGGACCCACGCAGGAAAUGCAGACAGUACAGCUGGGCAUGCCAACAGAUCUGCUGCGUGAAAUGGAAGGACAUCUGCCAUCAAAGUUGACAAACAUUACGUUUAGUGGGCCGCAGUUUACGAAUAUUAACGAGCGCAUACUUAGAGGCAUGCGUUCUCCUUACCUGUACAUGCAAUUGUUUAAUACUUCACUGCAAGCCUUGCCGCCAAACUUCUUCAAGCACAUGGGGCGGGUACGCAAUAUUUCGCUGGACAUACGCUAUCACAAUCGCAAUUUGAAAAAGAUACCAAAUCCAAACACUGGCGCAGUGCCUUAUCUGCCGAACAGCGUCUUCCUAACCGACCUCAAGAUGUCUCACACGGAUCUCAACUGCGAUUGCGAUUUGGGUUGGGUGGAGUUCUGGCAGCGCAAGCGCAGACAAUACAUCUGCUCCUCGCAGACUUGGACCGAUACAGUUUUCCGCACGUUCAUGAACUCACCGUGCCAGGUUUAUGGACGCCACAAUUGCGAUGAUCACGACGACGAUCUUCGCGAGACGCGUUGUGAUAACAAAGGCGGUCAACAGCUCUUGGAAGCUUUGAAAUUCGAUCUGGAGUGCGGUUGGGACAAUGCCAAUUGUAAAGAAACAGCCCUGAUUGUAAUAGCCGUGUGCCUGGGCUUUGUGUUUUGGAUGUGACUUCUGUACUUUGCAUAUAAGACGUCCACCGACUUUUACGAUAUUCUAGAGCGAGUCUAUGGCAGGCAGGUCGUCUAAGUUGGUUGUGUUUCCUUUGGGAACUGGCCUAGUUGAUGAAUUGUGCCUGACCAUCUAGAAAUUAAGCGUGAUGAGACUUUUUCUUACCUUCUUACCUUUUAUUUUCUUCGACGACUCCCUUACUAGCACUGAACACCCAGCGAAGUUGCUUUAGAGUCCACAAUUUAGAGUCCUUGGCCAACGCCUUAUAUGUAGGAAUCCUCACCUCACCUCACCACAUACCUCAUUCCAUUUCAACUUUAUAUACCAUUUGUAGUACUUAAAAUAUUUGAUAUUACUUAAAAUAAUUGAAUUAGUUUUCUUUUGUAUUUUAUUGUGCAAUUUUCUUGUCUAUGUUAUCCACAUACGUUAAUCCUCCGAUUUAUAACUAUAUACAUUACUUAAGUUAGGUCACUUCGCCGCUUAAACAAUUCCAAUUGAAAGUCUGUAAAAUGUUUCAUAAACAUAAUAAAUAUUUACGGUAGGUUAAA